AUGACUACCGCCCCAGCUGACCCAUCCUGGGUUGAGUCGGAAGACUGGCACACCGCCGGCGAGCUGUUCCGAAUUGUCCACAAGUUCCCACCUGGCCAUGAAACAGAGGGACAAACCGUUGGACAACGCCGUCUCAACAUUAUGGCCCAGCCCGACCAUCCCCUUGAUGUCCUCCGACGAUCCCUUUGCCAUGAGCCUCGUGGUCAUGCCGAUAUGUACGGUGGCUUCAUUACCCCUCGCGAGGAUGCCGGUGCUCUAUUCGACGUUCUUUUCUGGCAUAAAGAUGGGGUUUCUACUGCCUGCGGCCAUGGCACCAUUGCUCUCGGACAUUCGGCUGUUGCCAAGGGCAUGGUUCAGGUCCCAGAGAAUAGAGAGGUUGAUGACCAUAAGCCAAUUCACGCCGAGUUUAUCCAAGUCAUCAGCUAUCAAUGGGCCAAGGAUCUCAUUGUCACUUUGCCCUCUCGCUCCUUGGUGAUCAAGGUCGCUCUGGUCUACUCUGGCGCCGUUUAUGCCAGCAUCGACCUCAGUCAGAUUGGGUUGACAGUCUCGCCCGAGAACCACGAUGAUUUUGUCCAAUUGGGCCGGGAAGUGAGGGCCUCCCUAGGUCAGCGAACCCGCCAUCGAGGCUAUGAGCUCUACGCCAUCGCUUUAUUCAACGAAGAAGAUGGAGCCUGA